AUGUCUUUUCGACGCCCCCAGCCAGACCUGCGCAAAAGACAGUCCAAAAAGGACGAGGCAAUCAGGCGCAAAAUUGAGCAUGAACUCUCGAAGAAAAGAGGCCUGGGGCUGCGGAUCAGCCGGCUGAAAAAGGGUGCUCCGGGUACCGUCUGGUCCUUGAAUCCGUCUGAUCCGAUCGUGUGCAAGGCGUCGGCCUCGGUAUACGAAGCUGCACAGCUCAUGCUGGCCAAAAGAGAAAACUGCAUUCUUGUUGUGGAUGAUGCUGGCGGACUCAUUGGUAUCUUUACCGCCAAAGACUUGGCCUUUAGAGUGGUGGGGUCAGGAUUGAACGCCAACAGCACCCCAAUUGAGAAGAUUAUGACGCUCAAUCCGAUUUGCACGCAAGCGCUGUCUCCAGCUCUGGAAGCCCUCACACUUAUGGUCGAGAAAGGGUUCAGACACUUGCCCGUGCUAGACGACGAGAACCAUAUUGUUGGUGUGUUAGACAUCACCAAGUCUUAUGCUCAGCAGAUGGAGAAGCUCGAGCGCUUACACGCCUCUUCCAAGAAACUCUACGAUGCCUUGGACCUGGUACACACUGAAAUGGGUAUGGCCGACCAACCAAGACAGGUGUUUGAGUAUUUCCAAGACUUGAAGCUGAAGAUGGACGGUCCCACCUUGGCGCUGGUGUUAGACCCCACAACACAAACCGUCUACACCACAGUGAGGCUGACGGUGUAUGAAGCGACCAUCUUGAUGCGUGAAAAUAGAACGACAGCCGUUUUGGUCAAGGAUACGAACGACAGUGUCAGCGGUAUCAUCACGUCGAAAGAUGUCGUUUUGAGGGUAAUUGCUGCCGGCCAUGAUCCAAAGAAGUGCUCUGUGGUGCGUGUAAUGACCUCUCAGCCUGACUUUGCCAACUCUAGCCUAUCCAUCCAGCAGGCCUUGAGGCAAAUGUUCGAGGGUCACUAUCUCAAUUUGCCCGUCGUAGACGACGAAGACGAAAUUGUGGGUAUCGUGGACGUGUUGCGCCUUACGUACGCCACGCUCAACCAAAUCAAACGGAUCGAGAACCAGGAAAAUCAAGGCAAGGAGGAGCCGGGUGAAGGCCCAGCGUGGAAUAAGUUCUGGACAUCGCUUGAUAACGAUUCUGAGUCUGUGCACCUGGACUCUGCCGCUAGUGCCCCUGAUGUGACGCCCUCUGAGUUCCAAUCUUUCAACAUCGAUGUGAAUCCGUCGGACUCAAUCUCGGCAGUCGAGGAAGGCUCUAGGCAAAUGAGUAAGACCGCAUCGAGCACUAAGAGAGACGGUCUCUUCGUCUUCAAGUUCCGUUCUCCAGCGCUUGCCAGCAGAGUCCAUAGAGUCACCAUACGCCCAGAACAAAGUCUCCAGGAGUUGAAGGAUGUGGUGGACUCGAAGCUCCACAGCAAGGACCUCGAGGCUUUGAAGCUAGGCGAAGGUGAGGCCUACGCCAUUAGCUACGUCGAUGACGAAGGCGAUAUCGUUUCUAUUACUUCCGACCACGAUUUAAGGGACUGUGUCGAGGUACACGAGAAGUUGAAUAUCUUCAAGGCAGACAUCUACCUCCACCAUCCUCACGACGAGGCUCCAGUUGGCAAGAUCAAACCACUUAGGGGAGUGCUGACCGAAGACUUGAUUCCAGGCAUUUCAAACCAGACCCUUAUCCCUGGUGUGCUUGCAGCAGCCACAGCGAUUGCAGCCAUUUUCUAUGUAACGAGGAAAUAA